GCCAAUUAGAACAGCGAAGGUGGGAAGGGGCGGAGCUUCCCUGGUGGAUGCUAGGUCGUGGGUGAGGGCUCCCCUUUCUCUGCUAGUUCCUACGCUGUGGAGUCCUUAUCCCUGGAAUGCGAGAGAGAGAAGCGCAGGAAGUUCCGGGACCAGAGCGUGAAACCACCACCCGGGAAAGCUUGGGCGCGAAAGACAAUCCUGGUUGGACAAGUCACUGGAAGGCACCGGCUGGGACCGAGGAAGCAGAGGCUGGGAGCCACUGUUGGGGAACUUUCUUGGGCACCCUUCCCUUCUUGGGGUGCUAUGGAGUUCCCAGAACACAGUCAGCAGCUGCUUCAGAGCCUGCGGGAGCAACGGUCUCAGGGUUUCCUUUGUGACUGCACUGUGAUGGAUGCUAGUGCCCAGUUCUUGGCCCAUCGGGCUGUGCUGGCAUCCUGCAGCCCAUUCUUUCAGCUUUUCUACAAGGAACGGGAAUUGGACAAGAGGGAUCUGGUGUGUAUUCACAAUGAGAUUGUCACGGCCCCAGCCUUUGGGUUGCUUCUGGACUUUAUGUAUGCUGGCCAGCUGGCCCUUAGGGGGGAUACCCCUUUAGAAGACGUGCUAGCAGCAGCCAGCUACUUGCACAUGAAUGACAUCGUUAAGGUGUGUAAACAACGGUUGCAAGCCCGGGCUCUGGCAGAGGCAGACAGUACCAAAAAGGAAGAGAACAAUCCUGCUAGUAUGGAGUUUUUGUCAGGCAGUUCUCGUGGCCCCCAGCCUUUACUGGCAUCUGUUGAGCCGUCAGCCCGCUGGAGCAAAGAGGAAUGGAAGGGUCCAGCCACUCCCUUACCUAUUGCUCAUUCUGCAGAUGAGCCAGCAGGGUCUGGUGGUGUUGACACUACACAACCUAGCAUGGAAGUUGACUCACCACGUCUGCGGGCACCUCCCCAACCAGUGGCUGACGUCUCUGCCUCUCUUGCCAGCCCUAGUAGCUCUACAGAGACCAUUCCUGUAAACUACUUCUCCUCUGGCCUUGCAGCAGUUUCAGUGGAGCCCUUGACUCCUCUUGACAUGGUUCCUGAGAGUCUGAGGGUGGUGGAACCAAGGGAUACUGUAGGACCUUUGCAAGGCUUCUAUCCUCCAGCCCCAGCCCCGCCCCCAGCUCCAGCCCCAGUUCUAUCCCAGGCUCCAGCCCCAGCUGAAGCUGAACUGGUCCAGGUGAAAGUAGAAGCUAUUGUGAUCUCUGAUGAGGAGACUGACCUUUCAGAGGAACAGCCUCAGGGACCUGAAGGACUGUUCCCAUCUGGAGGUGCAAUGUAUGGGGGACAGCCUUCACAGCUAGACACUUUUGAGGAGCCAGGGGCAACAGGACUAGAGGAGGUGGGGCCAAGUGACCACUUCCUGCCUCCAGAAUCUCAUCUACCAUACCAUCUGCUUCCAGGUUCAGGGCAAUACCAUCGAGGGCUGGUGACCUCACCCCUGCCUGCACCACCAGCCCUGCUUGAGCCACUUUACCCUCCUGCUGAGUACGAAGCAGCUCCGGGGAACUUUGGGGCUUUUACAGAGGAUGUCCCCACCUGCAAGACAUGUGGAAAGACCUUCUCCUGUUCUUAUACACUACGACGACACGCCACAGUGCACACACGAGAGCGGCCCUAUGAAUGCCGCUAUUGCCUGCGCAGCUACACGCAGUCAGGGGACCUCUACCGCCACAUCCGAAAGGCUCACAAUGAGGACCUGGCCAAACGAAGCAAACCAGACCCAGAAGCUAGCUCCAUUCUAGGAGUGCAGCCCCUCUCUGGCUCCCAGACAACAGAGAGACAGAGCACUGGUGGUGGAGGACCACCCAAAGAUUUUGUACUUGGUCCCAAAAAUUAAUAUCUGGGGAGCAUGAACUGAUGCCAGGCUUGCUCUUACUAUUGUUAGAUGGCCACAGAGAAGGCUGGAGGCAUCUCGUCAUUCCUACGGGUUGGCAGAAUGAAGGUUCUUCCCAAGCUGAAGGUGUCUGUACCCUUUUCUUUGUCCAGCCAGAUAAGCAGGAGAUUAAGAGGCAGAGCAGGUCAGCCAGGAUUCUUCAAGGGCAUUGGGAAUUUUCCUGAGGUGUAACUGCUUCUCACUCCACAUUCUGGAACAUAAAACUAGCAGUGAAAUUAUCCCUUUGAACUGGUGUUGGCUGGUUUCUUCCACAAGUCUGUAUGCAUUCAUGUCUGCCCGCUAGUUCUUUUAUUUGACACGUGCAUUGGGUAAGCCUGUGGGUCUGUUUGCUUAUGAGCAAAAAGUGAAACGGGGAGAGGGCAGCAUAGACUUAUGCAGGAGAUGAAUACAAACAGGGAAUCUGACACAUGGUUUGCUGUAGUUGAACUUGUGUGUUCUGGGCUGUAUUGGGCACUUUGUAUACUCAUUUAAUUCUCAACUUCAUAGGAGUAUUAGCCCCACCCCCAUACCAAAUACAAAGAAACUUCAGA